AUGAUCAGAGCAUUAAGUUCCAAGGGCUUCUGCCUAGCUCCAUCCGUGAUCCUGAAAAAUUCUGUCAGAUAUUCGUCGGGUUUCGACAAGCCUGCGCCAGCUCCUCCUCAGCUCCCCAAGGAGGAGCAAGAGGAGUUUGAGAGGCUACAGAAGAUCGCCAAUGCACAGGCCGCUAUUGACGAGUACAACGCCAGCGGAUCGGUCUCGGAGACGCCAAAAGUGGACAUCGGUGGCUUUUCCGCGCUUUACAAGCCCAUUCCCGAGUUUGAAGGAGAUGUGAAUCCCGUCACUGGUGAGGUGGGCGGCCCAAAGCAGGAGCCCACCAGACACGGAGAUUGGUCUUUCAACGGUAGAGUUACCGAUUUUUGA